UAGCACUGGACGGCCGGGCUCGAUACGGCGUGUGCUGUCAGUGGCCCUGAAACCCCAACACAAGAAGAAGAGUCCGAGUCACUAGUGAACAUUAUUGUACCUCAGCUGUCACAAUAACAAUGGUUCUUAACAAACAUCAAACUCAACUCAAACAGACGGAAAAUGUGCCAGCAGAAGGAACAGUGACAGAUACUGGAACUGUGUUCUCCGAUUCAGUGCACGAAAGCAUUUUAAUUCCAGCAAAUGUUGGGUUUGUGGGAUGUGGAAAUAUGGCUCAAGCUCUUCUUCAUUCAUUUAUAAAAAAAGAGUUGGUGAAUCCUUCUUGUGUAAUUGCAAGUGCCCCAUCUGACCGCAAUCUAUCAAAACUUCGCACUUGGGGGGUGAAGACAACCAAUGACAAUAAUAAAGUUAUAAAACAGUGUGAUGUGAUCUUUCUGUGUGUGAAGCCUCACCUUCUAAGGAAGAUGAUAAAUGAGUUAAAUACAUUGGAGGCAGACCACAAUCCACUCUUUGUGUCCAUUGUCUCAGGUUAUGAUUUGAAUACUUUAGAAGAGAUGCUCAGCGUAUUGGUACAUGCUCCUCGUGUAGUUCGAACAAUGCCGAACACCCCAUCAAUGGUUGGACAGGGAUGCUGUUUGUACACCCUUGGAACACACACCUCUCCAGCUGAUAGUGUUGCCAUGAAUUCAAUACUCAGUUCUGUAGGAUUCUGCGCAGAGAUUCCAGAGUACCAGAUGGAUGCUGCAUGUGGAUUGGCAGGAUCUGGACCUGCUUAUAUAUAUGCUGCUAUAGAAGCCCUUGCAGAUGGAGGAGUUAAGAUGGGUCUUCCUCGGCAGCUUGCUCAGACUUUGGCUGCUCAGACGGUAAAGGGAGCUGCAACGAUGGUUCUUGAGCAUGGCAAGCAUCCAGCGCAGUUAAAAGAUGAGGUAUGCUCACCAGGAGGCACAACAAUUGCUGCUAUGCAUAGUUUAGAGAAAAAUGGCUUCAGAAAUGCUCUCAUAUCAGCAGUGGAGGCCGCAGCAUUACGUUCCAUAGAAUUAGGCAGUGAUAAAUAAAUAUUAAAGGUUCUAGAUAAACUAAUUACAAUGGACAGUCGAACAGAACUAGCUUUAAUUUCUUUGAUGCAGACUGUAUGUAAUUUUUUAUUAAGUUCUAAUCAUCUUGGAAAUGUAUUUGUUGUAUCCAUUCAUUAUAGGAAUGUAUGUUUAAUGUAGGGUUAGUUCCUUGUGUGUCCCAGCAAGGCAGGCUGACCCAGAAAGAGAAAAACUUUCAUUAUCAUUCACACAUAAUCACUGUCUUUGCAGAGGCACUCAGAUACAACAGUUUAGAUGUCACUCCAAACAGCCAAUAUCCCGAAGCCCUUCUUUAAAGUGCAGACAUUGUACUUCCCAUUUCCAGGACUCAAGUCCGGCUAACCGGUUUCCCUGAAUCCCUUCACGAGAUAUUACCCUACUCACACUCCAACAGCUCAUCAGGGCCCAAAAACCACUUAUCUCCAUUCACUCCUAUCUAAGACACUCACACAUGACUGCUGUAUGUCCAAGCCUUUUGCACACAAAACCUCUUUGGACUACGAAUUUUCUGCAUAACAUUUACACCACACAUUGCCCUUAGGCACAACAUCUCCACUGCCUCCAGCCUCCUUGCUGCAGCAUUUACAACCCAUUCUUCACACCCAUAUAAAUGUUGGUAUCACUAUACUCUCACACAUUCCAUGGAUAACGUGUUUUGUCUCCACAGAUACCUCACUGCACCACUCGCAUUUUUUUCCUUCAUCAGUUCUUUGGUUAACCUCGUCCUUCAUAAACCCAUCUGCUGACAAGUCAACUCCCAAAUAUCUGAACACAUUCACUUCUUCCAUACUCCUUCCCUCCAGUGUGAUAUCCAGUGUUUCUUUACCUCAGUCGUUUGAUACCCCUCAUCACCUUACUCUUAUUUAUGUUCACUUUCAACUUUCUUCCUUUACACACCCUCCCAAACUCAUCCACUAACCUUUGUAACUUCUCUUUAGUCUCCCAGAAGCACACUAUCACCAAAAACUGUGUCAACUCUCAUUUUGUAUUUGAUUCCCCAUAAUUUAAUCCCACCCCCUUUCCCCAACACCCUAAUAUUUACUUUUGCAAUGCCAUCUAUAAAUAUAUUAAACAACCAUGAUUAUAAUACACAUCCCUGUCUAAGGCCUACUUUUACUAGGUAAAGCCUACUUUUACUGGGAAGUAAUCUCCCUCUCUCCUACAUGCCCUAACCUGAGCCUCAAUAUCCUUAUAAAAACUCUUUACAGCAUAUAUUUACUGAAAUUGUCUAAAACCUAGUUGAAGAAGGUUGAAUUAAGAGACCAUUCUUUACCACUGCCCCUCUUCAGCACUAGUCUAGUGCUUAUUGUGGUCUGGAUUUUAGCAUUCUUAGUGAAUGUGAUAAUUGUACUCAUUUAAUGAGAAAUUAUACACUUAAAGGAAGGUAUCUUGAUGCUGAUAAGGGAGCUCUUGAUUUAAGGAAGUGGACCUAUCCUCCCCUUAGAUCGAAUUAUUGCCUCCUAUUCACUAUGCACUGUAUA